CACACACAUCUUCAGACCAUCACGAUUUCAUUUCAAAAACCGCUGUGAGGCAAUAUGAAACUGAAUAUAAUUGUUUGUGGUAAUCAUUACAGGACUAUGAAAGAACAAAGGAAUUAUUUUCUGCACGUUUGGCUUAGUGUUGCUGUAUUUUGUUUCUUUGAAAAAGAGGCUGAAACUUGCGAGGGCCUCACCUAUGGAAAUAUCUCGGAAUCAGGAGCCUAUUAUAAUUGGCAGGUAGUUUUUAAUAACAGCACAUGGUACGACAUGUCAUUUUGGGGAGGACACUUGCAGAUACCAUGGAAAGAUAAACUUGGCGAAACUUGUGCACAUUUUACUGUGCCGGGAAUGUAUUUACUUUCGUUAACAGAGAAACACGAAAACAUUGCAAGUAUAGGAGAAGGUAUUAUGGCGUUUAGAGCAUGUAUUCACAACCAAACCGAUUACUGUCUAUGGAGCGUAGAAGUUGAAAUGAGGAAAUGUAACGGGCAUCUUCUGUACAGAUUUCCAGUGGAUAACAACCAAGUUGAUGAAUACUUCGAUAACACUUAUAUGUGUUCCGACAGAAAAUAUACAGACGCAUGUGGCUCAUCUGCUAUUGUUUACUCCGCUGGAAACAUGGUCGGGAGAUUACUUUACAUGUCUCCUGGUGACAUUCAGAAUGGAUGGCUUGAUGCAUAUCGUCAUGGAAAGCAAUAUGUUUUCCCUUCCUUUAAUGAUGUGGAUGUGGUGUUUAAACAAUGCGUUGACGAACGUGUUUACAAGUACGGGUUUUAUCUGCCAGAGGAUAUAUCACAAAAUAUAGGGGAAAUUCCUGUCAGACUUGGACUGUGUUAUGUUAGUGACUACGACGGUGAAAAUGAAGAUUAUUAUUUCCACCAUUAUUGCGGAUAUUACAUCUACGCCCGGAAAUGCUAUGGCAAGAUCCAGUUUGAUGUAUCCUUAUAUCGUAACUGGGACAGACCAUUAUGUUUCGUUCCUGGGCCAAUGGAUGAAAGUAGCACAGGAUUAUCAAUCGCAGCAUUAAUUGGCAUCAUUACAGGAUCUGUUGGUGCUGGAAUUAUUCUCGUGGCUGUCAUUGUAUGUGUACAACGCUACUCAAAGUCAAAGAAAUAACGCUUUGUAAACUUACUAUAACUAGCAUUUUCUUGAAAAAAAUGAUUUCUCAAUUUCGAAAGUGUGCCAUGUUUUGCAGAUAACACUAAAUGAAUCGUCAACAAAACUAUAAGAUAUAAAAAAAUGUAAAAGCAAGAAGAUGUAGACUAAAACGUCUGCAUAACAUUUUUCUGUCCUUCCGCGCUUUACCAUGAGCCAAUCCGUCCUGUUGUUGCGUGCCCGGUGCUUAAUUCCCUUAUCAAUUAAAAGCGUCUAAUAUUACUUGACCAAAUGUUUCCAAAUAAAAAUGACAAUGUGUCAUGCGUAAAACAUAUAUCCCUAGCUCAUAGGCGAAGGUCUCCGUGGAAGGUCAUUCCAAGUAGAGUCUGUUUUGUGUCCGCUCUAUGUGUUUCUGUAUCAGAAUACCAUUGUUAACUGCAGGCAUUAAAUCUAAUUCUUAAACUUUAUCAAUACUUAAAUAUAUUCAUAAAAACCA